CCCGGCUCCCCCCGGAGCUGCCCGGCGGGGAGCGGGAAACGAGCCGCUGCCAGAAGCGGGGGGCGGCAGCCCCUCAGGCUCACCUCACAGCUUGUUCCAGCGUUACAGGUUAAUUGAACCACAGAUUAAGCAGGGUGGGAAGGAACCUCAGAGUCUGCAGUCCAACCUCCUGCUCCAAGCAAGCUCAUCCAUGAACUCAGUUACUCAUACCUUCAAGGAUGGAGACUGCAUAGCCACCCCAGGAACUGCCACAAGUUACUUCCACAAGCUGCAACAAGUGUUCAACGGCUCAGCACCCCACUGCAUGCAUCAUCUUACAAGGGAGGUAGUACAGGCAAACUGUGUCCGCUGGAAGAAGAAGUUCCUGUUUAUGUGUAAAAUCAGUGCCAGUGCCACAACAGGGAUUCUGGAUGCUUGCGUUUGCAGGGUGUCUGUACGGAAGGAGUUAAAAGGAGGAAAGACAUAUGCAAAGCUGGGAUUUGCAGAUCUAAAUCUAGCAGAGUUUGCUGGAUCGGGAAAUACCACUCGUCGCUGUUUACUGGAAGGUUAUGAUACCAAAAAUACAAGACAGGAUAACUCCAUCCUCAAAGUUUUGAUCAACAUGCAACUCAUGUCUGGAGACCCAUGCUUCAAAACGCCUCCUUCCACAGCAAUGUCUAUAGCAAUUGCUGGAGAAUCAGAAUCUUUGCAUGAAGACAGGAAAGGUGGAGAAAACUUACAAGUACUACAUCUGGGCAUAGCAGAUGCCUCAUCAAAGAGUGCCUCAGUCCCAGAUGAACUUGGUGCAUGUGGACAUUCCAGAACAUCAAGCUAUGCAAGUCAGCAGUCAAAACUGUCAGGAUAUAGUACAUGUCACUCUAGAUCAUCCAGCCUUUCUGAACUCUGCCACAGGAGAAACACCUCAGUGGGUAGUACCUCAACAGGAAUUGGAAGUAUUCUAGAGCCAUGUGAAGACCUUCAGCAGAAAGUAACUGAAGCUAAUAUUGAUACAACUGUUAGGGACACACCAUCAGAAAAAUCCUGCAGACAUCCUGUAAAGCAAGACUCCGUGGAGUCACAGCUGAAGAGGGUAGAUGCUACCAGAGUUGAUGCUGACGAUAUAGUUGAAAAAAUACUUCAGAGUCAAGACUUCAGCUUGGAUUCAAGUGCAGAAGAAGAAGGUUUAAGAUUAUUUGUGGGCCCUGGUGGAAGCACUUCUUUUGGAAGCCAUCAUCUCCCUAACAGAGUAGGAUCUGGAGCAUAUGAGCAGGUGGUGAUAAAACGCUAGACUAGAAUGGCAAGAGGAAAACUUGCAGCUCUGGAGUUGAUACUUCUGUUUUUGUUUGCUCUGUUUCAAGUUUUGAAAGACAAAACAAACUCAAUUGGAUCUUUUUUUUUUUUUUUGAAAAAUAUGCAAUAUCUCUUGCUCACGGAGCUUCAUUUUUGUGGUAUAAAGGCAAUGUUUAACUACAUAUACCUUAUGGAAGCACUUGGGCUGUUCUACCAAGUUCUUCCUGAUGUUAGUGGAAUUACUUGCUUUUAAGUUGUGUGAAAUGUUUUUGGAAGCAUGAUUAAGUGAGUCCCAUUUCAGUAUUUUAUACAGGAGAUCACUGGCAAUGUACUUUCUAACUUGUUUUUUAAAGAAGCUUCUGAAAGUUGGUCUUAAAUGAAACUGAAGCAAUUAAUUACUCACUUAGAUCCUACCUGCCAUUGGAGUCUUACAGAAGCUAAUUACUUCUAUCAAGUCAAAACUAAGGUCUCCACAAAACAGCUCAGUGAUGUUUUACAGAACCCCCUCUUAAGAGCACUGAGCAUAACCUUACAGAAAGUUUGACCAGUAGAAGUGAAUUUCACGUGCAUUAAAAAAAACAAAACCCUAAAUAUAUCUAAACCAGCCAGCAAGCAGUUCUUUUAACUGUAAAUGAAGUCUAGAGGUUUAAAUGCAUCAAAUGGGACAUCUGUUUUCAUGCAAGUGACAAAAGAAAUGGGCUUCCACAUCAAAAUACUAAGGCACAGUGGUGCAUUAUCAAGAAAACUGGCUUGUUUGUUAAAUGUGGAAUUCAAAAGCUGCUUCCACAGAAACUCACUUCAACAAUGCACGAAUCUUGAGAUUCAAUGGGAUGGUACUGUUUACAGACCUAGUCAGCAGUUUACUACCACUUAAAAUUUUUUACUGUAGCUUAGUUAGUGCUUUGCUUGUGUUUUGAAUGUGCCUUGUGAGAUUGGGGAGGUACAAGGAGAUUAAACUAUUUACAAAGCAAUGUAAGCUUUAAAAUUAGGUUAACAUCUGUACUAUCAUCAAGGUAACUUAUUAAGAGAAGCACUUUAUUGUAGAUUUACUCUGCACUCUGGAAAAGUCUUGCUGUGCAGCAGAUUUGUUCAACAUUUCUUCCUUCACUCUCUGUCCACCGUUAUGUUAAAAUAAUGUACUGUAUUUAAAUUUGCACAAAUAGUGAUUUGCCUGGCAUGCAAGAAAGAUGGAAGAACUCUUAGAAUUUUCACUGAGAAUUAUGAAAUAAUUGUUUUUUAAAGGCAUGUGUUAGGUAACAGUUCUAACUCAGGCUUGGCUCUGCUGUAUUUAGCUAUAAACUACAAAUGCCCUUAAUUUUAUUAUGAUUAGUUGUGCUGUUUAUCAGUAAGGCUUGCAUUAAAUAAAAAUAAAAAUAAGUGUGGCCAUUUUGGAAAACUAUGAACACUUCAAAUUCUGCUCAGAGUGAUGUUUGACAUCCUUUUAUUGAAGUACAAGUAGGCCAUAUUUAAUGGGUUAAAUUAGGAAAAGCAGGCUUUAUUUUCCAUAAAUCCAUAGCAGAGUUAGUAAACUAAUUUUUAUUUGUGUUCAAGGAAAUUCCAGAUGUUAAAGCUUGAGUAUUGUAAUUGAAUAUGAUUAAUAUGACCUAUUUCUCAGUUAUGGUACCUAAAUACUUUUUUUUCCUAAUGUUAAUUAUAAUCUCUUUGAAGUGUUUAAUGGGUAAAAGAAUUAAUAUUAAGUUUAUCUUUUAGCUGCUGUUAACAGAAGCAUUGUAUUAUCCAUUUCUGCCUUUCACAGAAAUUUUAAACAGAAACUACAUAACCACAAGUAUACAACUAUCAGAACAUGAUAGUUUCCUUUGCUGUCAUAUAACUAAUUUGUACCAAAAAAAUCCUACUGCAAGCCAGAAGAUGCAUGAAAUUUGAAUAAAUUGUUUUCAAUAUUUUUUUAACACUGCUACGCUUGUUGACAAACGUAUUAAAACCAGUAGUAGUUAGUCUCCUUAGUUUUGCUAGGAAAAGUAGACCUAGUUUGAGAAAAACAGACUUUUAAAACAUAUUGUAUAGCUACUUAUGUAACUCUUCAGGGAAUUUCCAUAACCCAGAAGUGUAUUCUAUAUUAAAAGACAUAGCUAACUGUGGUAGGUAAGAUACUUUAUUUACUAGAAACCAAUUAUUUUCUUGCCAGAGAUCUUUUAAAUAGGAGGGAAGUUCACAUGGAAAUCAUGCUCUUAAUAAAACGGUAUCCUAGUAAUUUAUUGUUCUGACUUUGAGUUACAACUCUUUACAGAGUGAUUCUCUAACUGUAAACUGUGUUGGUUUUUUUUUUACUGUAUUUAAGUACAAAUCUCUCAGACAUUCAAUAAACUCUUGUCUUCAGCUUGGAA